AUGGUGACUGCCAACAGCUUCUCAAGUGAGACUCUCCCAAUCCAGACUAAGCUCUUCAUUAACAACGAGUAUGUCUCGGCUAAGUCUGGCAAGACUCUCACAUCUAUCAAUCCCGUGGAUGGUACGCCCAUCGAGAAAUUCGAGGUUGCCGGUCCAGAAGAUAUUGACAUCGCGGUGAAGGCGGCGAGGAAGGCGUUCGAGACGUGGAAAGACUCUGAUGGGUCCUUUCGCAGGGACUGCCUCUACAAGCUUGCCGAGCUCAUUCAGCUGCACGAAGACCGUCUCGCUGAGCUCGAGAGUCUAGACAAUGGGAAGCCUAUUGUGAUAGCGAAGGCAAUUGACAUCAAGCUUUGUCAGAAAAUAUACAAAUAUUAUGCUGGCUGGGCCGACAAAGUAUUGGGGAGUGUCGUACCAGUUGACGGUUCCAAUAUGUCUCUUACCGUUAAAGAACCCAUUGGCGUGGUUGGGCAGAUCAUUCCUUGGAACUUCCCUCUGGUCAUGCAAUCAAUGAAGUUGGCUCCAGCCCUCGCUGCUGGAUGUACAGUUGUGAUGAAGUUAUCCGAGAAGACACCCCUCACUGGGCUUCUUUUCGGCCAGCUUAUCAACAAGGCUGGAUUCCCUCCUGGAGUAGUCAAUAUCGUCAAUGGUGGUCCUGAUGUUGGCCCUAAGAUCAUCAAGGCCAGUGCCGAGUCAAAUCUCAAGAAGGUUACUCUCGAACUGGGGGGAAAGUCCCCUAUGAUCGUGUGCGAUGACGCCGACUUAGAUCAGGCCCUAGCGGCGGCUGAUAUAGGAUUGUUCAUCAAUCAUGGCCAGUGUUGCUGCGUCGCUAGCCGUAUCUACGUUCAGCGUGGUGUAUAUGAUGAAUUCGUGAAGAAGGCCGUGCAACGCGCUAAGAACAAGAGAGUCGGGGACCCGCGUGACCGAAAUUGCGACCAAGGACCGCAGGUUGACAAGAUUCAGUUCGAGCGAGUUAUGUCCUACAUCAAGUCAGGCGUCGAGGAGGGCGCUGAACUUCUCUGUGGAGGGAAGCGUUUGGGAGAUAAGGGGUGCUUCAUCGAGCCAACAGUGUUCGGCAACGUGAAAGAUCAUAUGAGGAUAUCUAGAGAGGAGAUUUUCGGGCCAGUUAUGCAGAUCGCCCCAUUCGACACCAUGGAAGAGGUCGUCAGGAGAGCUAAUGAUACUCCAUUUGGUCUGACUGCGGGUAUAUGCACUCGCAACAUCGGUAAGGCUACCAGAAUUGCCAAGGAGCUCAAGGCGGGUACAGUAUGGGUCAAUUGUUACCUUAACCUCGAUGCAGCAGCAGCCUUCGGUGGUUAUAAACUGUCAGGAUGGGGACGUGAAAAUGGAGCGGAGGGUCUUGAGAAUUAUCUCGAGACUAAGUCAAUCAUGUGGCCCGUUGACGAAACCAUUAUUUGA